AUGGAUUUAGAAGCAAAAAGCAGGCAGACAGAUGCACAUAUCGAUAAAUUGACAGGUAGAUCGGUGGAAGCGGUGGGUGCCCGUGAGGCGGCUGGGGCUAUUUGGAGGAGCAACAGCUGUGCAGAUGAGGUAAAAUGGCAAAGUCCUGGUUGGCACGAAGCCAUGAAGAUUGCCCGGGACACGGACAGCUGCGAUGGGGACCUGAACGGCCUCACGGUGAAGGAUGCCACAGACCACUUUGCCAGGCACUGCUGCGCUUCGUAUCCUGCGACCCUCUGCGACAAGGACGCCAGGAAGAUGACGCCUUGCAAGGACGAACAGGACUUCUUGAAGGACAAGGAGUUGCCAGGAGGAUUCUGCGACUUCAGGUCGGUCCCGCCCGCCACGGAUGUUUGCACUGCCCACCAGUGCACCGAGAGUGGCGGCGGUUGUCGCGCGGGUAGCGCCGGAAGCACGGCGCGACCGGCGGUUGUGGGCACAGAUGCAGAUGAAAUCGCACAGACGAAGGCCGUGCAGGAUGCGAUCGCCUACACGGCGCAGAAGUGCUGCGCUAGCUUUCCUGCCACAGUUUGCGAUAAGACGGCAAAGAAAAUGACUCCCUGCCAGCACACCAGCGAUUUCUUGCCAGACCAGGUGAUCUGGGCCUACUGCCACGUUGACUACCAGUUCACGCCCAAUGCCACGGUUUGCAAUGCUCAAACAGAUUGCCAGGGUGAUGAGCACUGGUGCCACUGCUGGUCGGAGACGGGCUGCGCAGCAGUGGGAGGCACCUGGAUGGAACAAACCUGUCGGAAGGAAAUUGAUGACUACUGGAGGCCGGAACAGCACAAGGUGCUGCAGUGGGCCGAGGGCAACGGCACCUGCGUGGACCAAGUCAUCGAUGGCUGGGUUCGGGCGGAGGACCAGGUCUGGUUGGCGAGCACCUGCUGCAGCAACUUCCCCUCGACCUUAUGCGAUCACGACGUGGAGCCCAUGACGCCCUGCAAGCGCCACGAGGACUUUUUGGCGACCAAAGUCCGCUACAGCUGGUGCAACGUGUACCCGAGCCCCGAGGAAUCGGCGUGCAUCGCCUCCGGCUGCAAGUACGAACACAGCUGGUGCCAAUGUGAGACAGAGGCUUCUUGCGCGACUGCAGGUGGUCAAUUCCAUAGCACGAAUUGCACCUCCGAGAUCCAGUGGUGGCAAGCGGACACCCACAAGGCCAUCAAGGAAGCCAUUGAUCAGGGGAGCUGCACCGGUGUUGAGACCCGCUGGAGCCCUGUGGAGAACUCUGUGAGCUGGCUAGGCGAGUGCUGCAGCAGUGGCAUGGAUGUUUGCCAGGAGCUCGCGAGCGGAUGA